AUGCCUGUUACUCACGAAGAAGCCAUUCGUUAUCUAUCAGAUGAGUAUGACACGUUCGCCGGAGGCUCAGACUUCCGGGUACUGCAUCUCUCUGGAAUUCUAGACUACUUUCUGGGUAUGAGUAUAUGGCACACGUUGAUGCAUAGAUCUGCAUUAUGCUAUGUACCCUCAGAGUUGCAGGCGCAAUUUUCUGUGACAUCCCUCAUUCGUCUGACGGGCUGUACCCAUCUGGCCGUACCUCUCGAUGUGUCGGCGGUGGUUCACGAGGAGGUAGAGAAGAUGGCCGCGAAUUCGGCUCUGGCACAGAAGAAGUCGUCGCUCCAGACGUUGAUAGUCCCGUGUCUUUCCUCAGCAAACUGGGGAAUAUCCUCUCUUUCGCACUCGAAAAUCCGAUUGAUGGUGGGAGAUGACCCUUCCAGGGUAAAACCGUCUCCUCCAAAACCUGCAGAAAUCUCGGUACUCCAGCGGAAGCCGGACACAGACUUAACUCCACUGCGUGUUCUGGAACUGAUCCCGCUAGGUACCGUCAUACAUGACUUGGGGACCCGGGUCGUGCAGAUCACUGACGACCUCGUCGUCAAGUACGGGCCUUCUGUCCGCUAUGUUGAGGCGCUGAAUACGCUCCAUGUUCUGGAGCGCACUGAUAUACCGGUGCCCGACGUCUACCUCGUUUUCAAGCAAGGCGAUGCCACCUACAUAGUCAUGCAGUUCAUCCGCGGACGCACCGUCCAGAGCUGCUGGCACAUGUUGGACGACUCUCAGCAUCAACAUGUUGCUUCUGAGCUGGCACGAUACCUAUGUGAGCUGCAUGCCAGCAGUGUGUCGACACCGUCCAAGAGGCCUGGUCCUUUAGAUGGGGGAAAGUGCGAGGGCAUAUGGUUCACGCUCUAUGGUGCUGGUCCGUUCGCGACGUACGAGGAUCUCGUCUGUUGGCUCAACUGGAAGCUCGCCCUCUCGGGUGCGCCUACCAAUAGGCAGUUCACCACCGACCACCCUCUCGUUUUCACCCACCAGGAUAUGUCUCUGAGGAAUCUGAUCCUCGACGACGUAAACAAGCUGUGGGUCCUUGAUUGGGACAUGGCGGGGUGGUACCCUGCGUAUUUCGAUUAUACCUGCAUUGCUUCGGAUAUUGGCACUCCGGCGGUGCCAAUCCCUCUCGGGUGGUCGAAGACCAUUUUAUCGCAUCUUCCUGAUUAUCAGGAAAAUUACCGUAGUCAGAGUUGA